AUGGACGGUUUCGGGUUCGUCUGGGUGCAAGUGGGCCUCAGUGCGGACCGGUGUGGACUUGUCUGGGUGAGGAUCUCCGUGUUGCGGCCUUGCGAGGUCGGGUUUUGUGGUCUUUGUGACGUUUGGUUGGGAUUCGAGGACGAAUCCAGUUUAGUGGGGGAGAGUUGUAACAUCCGUAAACCAAAAAUGUGCAGUGUCGAGCGACACCAAGGUUUGUGUCGGUCGACACCAGCUCUGUGGGCGAUUGUGAGAGGAGAAGAGUUUUCUGAGGUGAUUCCAGUGUUUGGUGUUAAAUCCGAGUCUGUUCAUCAGCGAUUCAGAGUUCUGGGUGUGUGUGGUGGUGCUGCGUGGUGUUCUUCGUCGUUCCUUGCUUCAGUUCAUCUUCUCCAAUUCGUUUUCCCCUCUUUUCAACCUAGAAUCGAGAGGUCGUGGCGGCAGAGUGGCCGUGGCGGCAGAGCUGGUGGUAGAGCUGGAGGCCGAGCAGGCCGAGGUCGUGGUCGUGGACUUCCGGAGGAGUCGGGAGAGAGUGCGGCACCGAGUGUGCAUACUGCGUCGGUGACCCAGUCAGUUCCGUUGGCGGGUGAUGCCAGUGUGAGUGUUGGUUUGGGAGCGGGGGCUGCUCCGGGUGGGGGUGGCGCUCCGGCUCCGGGUCGUGAUGACUUAGUGGUGGGGUUGCUGACGCAGCUAUUGGCUCGUUUUCCGCCGGUGGUUCCACAGGGGGCUCCAGGAGUACCGCCAGUGGCAGAGGUGCAGCAUGUUGCUGCAGACGUUGCGCAGCCGGAGGCUGUGGGUGCGGGUGUGACCAGUUAUUUGGAGUUUAUGGGCCACAUGCAGAAGAUUGGUACGCCUUUCUUCGAGGGCAGGGUUGGUCCAGAGGAGGCAGACGCGUGGCGUCAGAGAGUGGAGCGGAACUUUCAUUCGAUCCGUUGUCCGAUAGAGUACUGGGUGGAGUUAGCGGUCCACUAUUUGAGUGGCGAUGCUCAUUUGUGGUGGCAGGCCGCGGUGGGCCGGAGGGCAUUUUGGACUUGGGGCGACUUCCUUGUGGAGUUCAACGCCAAGUAUUUCCCGAGGCAGGCUCGUGAUCGUCUUCAGAUGCGGUUUAUGGGCAUUGAGCAGGGUUCGCGUUCUGUACGCGAGUAUGAUGCGGAGUUCAGUCGACUGUUGGUGCAUGCAGGCUUUGGCAUGGAGGCCAAGCAUCAGUUGACGAACAAAUUUCUGGAGGGACUUCGCAAGGAUAUUCGGACUCUAUGCAGGAGCAGUACGCACAGUUCGAGGGUGAGUCUGGUAGAGUUGGCUGCGUCGAUCGAGGCGGAUCUUGGUGGGCCGGUGAGCCGGCCCGGCGCUGUUAGGGCUGCAGACCAAUACACAGAUCAAUUGGUGGUAGCUUCCUGUAGGGAAGGCUACUUAAAGGGUGAGGUCUCAGGUUCGAGUCUCACCAACAACCUAGGUUGA